GGAGGGCGAACCUACAACUUUCUCGGCCUGAUGUCUUUUUCAGCCUGAGCGCUUCAAACGAACACUUUAUAUGGUUUUAAGUCGACGGCGCGUUUUGGCCCCAGCUGAGCGCAGUUUUCCUGGGAGCUGUUGGUAUUUGGAUAAUGAAGGAAUUCAGGAGGAUCCAGCGAGGAUCGGACGAGACGUGCAGGAUACAUAAAGUUUGGGAGGACUGCGAGAAAAGUGUGAAGCGCCCCGCAGAUUUUUCGCACCAUGCCGCGUUUGGAAACGUCCUCCAAAUCUGACGAAGAAAACUUCAUCCGUGGGUUUAAUGGGAAAAGGGACGACUGAAGCGCCGGAAUUCAAAGUAGUCUCAGUUUUGCACAGUUGAGCCUCUCUCCCAAGAUGUCUUCCCUGGGUCGGAGCCCCAUUGUUGGAUUUUACGGGAUGCUUUGCGUCUGGGCUGCCUGGCUUGCGGGCUCCGGGGCGGUGUUGUCUCCGAACGGGACGAUAUUUGAGGACAACUGCAAGAAAACCACAACCUGCGAGGCCCUUAAAUACAACACAUGUCUCGGAUCGCCUUUGCCGUACACGCAUACUUCUCUGAUCCUGGCCGAGGACUCCAGCACCCAGGAGGAGGCUUAUGAGAAGCUGACCAUGUGGUCUGGUCUGCGGAACGCUCCUCGCUGUUGGUCAGUCAUCCAGCCCCUGCUCUGCGGCGUCUACAUGCCCAAAUGUGAGAACGGUCGAGUCGAGCUGCCCAGCCAGAGCCUGUGUUUGGCGACACGUCAGCCAUGUAGCAUCGUGGACCAGGAGAGAGGCUGGCCAAACUUCCUGAAAUGUGACCAGUUCCCUGUGGGCUGUUCGAAUGAAGUGCAGAAGCUGAAGUUCAACACGUCUGGCCAGUGUGAGGCUCCCCUGGUGAAGACAGACAUUCAGUCCAGCUGGUACAAGGACGUGGAGGGCUGCGGCAUCCAGUGCGACAACCCUCUGUUCACCGAGGAGGAGCACAACGACAUGCACGCCUACAUCGCUUACUUCGGCACCAUCACCCUCCUCUGCACCUUCUUCACCCUGGCCACGUUUCUUGCCGACUGGAAGAACUCCAACCGCUACCCGGCCGUCAUUCUCUUCUACAUCAACGCCUGCUUCUUUGUGGGCAGUAUCGGCUGGCUGGCCCAGUUCCUGGACGGAGCGCGCGACGAGAUUGUGUGCAAGAGCGACAAAACCAUGCGACUUGGGGAGCCCUCGUCAUCAGAGACGCUGUCCUGCGUCACCAUCUUCAUCAUCGUGUACUACUCCCUCAUGUCGGGUGUGAUUUGGUUCGUCAUGCUGACGUAUGCCUGGCACACGUCCUUCAAAGCCCUGGGCACCACCCACCAGCCGCUGUCUGGCAGAACCUCCUACUUCCACAUGGUCACCUGGUCCAUCCCCUUCGUCCUCACUGUGGCCAUCCUGGCUAUCGCUGAGGUGGAUGGAGACUCUGUGAGUGGGAUCUGUUUUGUGGGCUACAAAAACUACAGAUACCGUGCCGGGUUUGUGCUGGCUCCCAUUGGAGUGGUGCUAGUUGUCGGCGGCUACUUCCUCAUUCGGGGUGUCAUGACUUUGUUUUCCAUCAAGAGCAACCACCCGGGACUUCUGAGUGAGAAAGCGGCCAGCAAAAUCAACGAGACGAUGCUGAGGCUUGGCAUAUUCGGAUUCCUCGCUUUUGGUUUUGUUUUCAUCACCUUCGGCUGCCACUUCUACGACUUCUUCAACCAGGCCGAAUGGGAGAGGAGCUUCAGAGAAUAUGUGCUGUGCGAAGCCAACGUGACGAUCGCCUCUCAGACCAACAAGCCGAUCCCAGAGUGCACCAUUAAGAACCGGCCCAGCCUGAUGGUGGAGAAAAUCAACCUGUUCUCCAUGUUUGGGACGGGAAUCGCUAUGAGCACCUGGGUCUGGACCAAGGCCACCAUCCUGAUCUGGAAACGGACCUGGUGCAAGAUUAUUGGCCGUAGUGACAACGAACCGAAGAGGAUCAAGAAGAGCAAGAUGAUUGCCAAGGCGUUCGCCAUGAGGAAGGAGCUUCACAAGGACCCAGAGAAGGAAAUGUCCUUCAGCAUGCACACCGUGUCCCAUGAUGGACCAGUGGCUGGAAUCAACUUUGACCUAAAUGAGCCAUCUAAUGACAUGUCAUCAGCUUGGGCGCAACAUGUGACGAAGAUGGUGGCGAGGCGAGGUGCCAUCCUGCCUCAGGACAUCUCUGUUACUCCUACUGGUACACCUGUGCCACCUCCAGAGGAGCGUAACAGGCUGUGGAUGGUGGAGGCUGAGAUUUCACCAGAGAUGAUAAAGAGGAAAAAGAAGAAGAAGAAGAGGAAGAAGGAGGUGCGUCCAGCGGAGGAGGCGGCGGACCCACAGGCUUAUCGCCAGCGUGAGUUCGGUCGCAGCUCAGUGCCUCGCCUGCCCAAACUGCCGUGCCACCCCAGCCUGGUCGCUAACCUGCGGGAACAGCAGAGGCAGCAGCAGAAGCUGGAGGAGGAAGUCCUGCCAGGGUCCUACCCAGAUUUCCAACCCUCCCACCCGCUGUCCUGUGAGGAGAGGUGUGCCUACCCGCAGUACCAGAGCAGGUGGAACGGCUAUGGCCGCAACCUGCUCUCUGACCCUCUGACCCUCAGUGACCGCCCAGAGGAUCUGGGUCUCAGCCCGCGCUGCAUCCCCUCAGCCUCCACCUGGCAGCCCAGUGGAUCUUCCCGCUACCCCGGGGAGAUGGAUCUCACAGAGGGGCUGUCAGAGAGGUUGGCGCAUGUGGCUCGGGUGCCGGCAGGCCGACGGGCCGGCUAUGGACCCAUUCACUCCCGGACCAAUUUAAUGGAGGCGGAGCUCAUGGAUGCUGACUCUGACUUCUAAGAGCAUAGCUCCAACAUAUCGCUUCGUGGUACACAGACAGUAAGCUGCAAAAAGUGCUGGAUACUUUCAAAAUUCUUACUAAAGUGCCCAGAGGUCAAGGUGGAACUAAGAUGGUCAGUUUUUUUUUUUACUUUCUUUUUCUCUUGACUAUUUUUUUAGGUAGAAAAAGCAAAGGGAUAAAGUGAAAAAGUAUGUUGUGAAUAAGUUAAUGAAAAGAUAUUUUUUAUACUUUAUUUGUGUCCAAUAAAAUUUCAAAGGCAACUUAGUGAUGACAAGACAAAUGAGGCAGCUAAACUUUAUAUGGCUUGAAACAGAUAUGUUUUAUUCUGAACCCCCUAUGCAUUCAUCAGCUGGUAUCAGCUCAGCCCUGUUUGUGACAGCGUUAAACCCUAAACGUGGCACGAUAAGUCAAGGUGUCAUGGAUGAAUCGCUAAUAAGCACAUCAGCUUGGAUUUGGAAAAAACAGUCAGGACAUUUGAAGAUGUAGGCUGCUUGGGUCGUAAUUAUUUGAACUGUCCCAUUAAAACCUGACUCACACAGAGACCACACAGGUGGAAAAAUGUUGCAAGCUACUUGCAAAUAGUAUUUAACCCAGGUCUUAUUUUAUGUUGCAUUUUAAUGUUCUUAUGACUCCAUUCCUGUCUUCUCACUACUAUUUAGCUGUUAAUUACUUGUGUUUAUGUAGUUAAUGAGGUACUAACCUUGCCCUAUUACGAAUAUCACACAGAUGAUUGCUAAUUAACUGAGAGAUUUCUUCAAGAAUUUGUGAUACAGGAAGUAUUAAAAUGUUUAAAUUUGUAUAAUCCCGGUCAUUUUGUCCGCAGGUGUUGAAGUUCAUACAAAUUAGUCUCACACCUUCACAUUGUGAUCAUUGACUACAGAUUUAAACAAAAUAACCCAAAUGAUGAUCUUGUUCUUACUUCUCUUCAUCUGCAAAGUAGCAGUCUUGUGAUUUUGUUGCAGAGUAAUUUAACGGCAGGCUGAAAAGCGCCGUUUUACUGCCCUUUCUGGUCACCUGUUUCACCUGUAGCCACACCCAACAGUGAGGUCACCGGGUUGUGAAGCACACUUGUACUGCACUGCGGCAAGGUGACAAGUUCAACCACUAGGGGUCAGCAAACGCAAUACUUUCAGGGGUUGUUAAGUUACUCUUUAAUCAGCUACUAUAGAAAAAAGUACUGAGCUAAAAUGCAUGCUAAUCAUUUGGUGCAGUGAAUCAACACUUAGCUUAUUGUUUGCCUGGAGAAAAGUCCAGAAAUUAAUGAAAUGGCUUUAUCUCAGUGAGUUCUCCCUGUAUAUUUCAGAACAUUUUCUCCAUAUAGUUAUUUUAAAAGUUUUUUUUUUACAGCAGUAUUUCUACUUUUGUUUAUCUGAUGUACAUAUUCAAUCCAAACUGGGCUUCAUAUGUGUUUCCUCUUCUCCUCAGUCCAGUUGAAAAUCUUUUGUAUGACUGCGUGUAAGUCUUUUUCCUAAAUACGUCUAUUUUUCAGUCUCUCUCUUUCUAAAUGUGUGUACUGUAUAUAGGUUGUUCAUAGAUUUGUCAGUAAGGGUUUUAUUUGUACAGAUUUCUAUAUCAAAUCACUUGAUGAUAUGACAAAUAAAAAGGGAAGAGUCAACUGUGCUAUAAAAAGUUGUCCACGUACUUGUGCUGUAACCAAAAUGUCGCCCAGCGUUGUUGUGCUACACUCGAUAUGGAUAAAUGAUGCUGAAGUAGACUGUGAUCCACUGCUUCUUAGCCAAUGCAAAUUAGUUUGUCUCAUGUAAGUGUCUAGUUAAUCAUGUGAAAUGUGUAUGAUAGAGAAUUAUUUAUGCUAUUACUAGUUACCACACUGCUAUGAACUCAGUACAGUCAGUCUGGCAACAAAAAUACAGAAGUCCACCCAAAAGGUUUAUAUUCAAAGACUAUAAAGAAGUUAAAUGAAGAUUACUUUGGAUAUUAUGUUUUUACUUUUUAUGCUUUGAAAAGUCAAAUUCUGUUUUAUGAGCUGUCUUAAGGAUUAAGCUGACCAGCAGUUUUUGUGUUGCUUUCUUUGUUUUAGUCUCCCAACUGUGUAAGAAGAAAAAAGAUUACUGUCAUUUUGACUGUGCAGCUGUACGUUUUUGUUUUUAUAUGUAAAUAAAAGUAACCCUACACUUUUCCGUGUGA